AUGCACACAAACAAUAACAACAACACCAUCCAUAUACCAAACUCACCCUUGUUCCCACCACUGCAGUUAAACACUACAACAACAUCAUCUACUCACACCAUCAACAACAACAUCAACAACAACAACAACAGCAGUAGCAACAGAGACUCAUCACUGCACUCAUUUCCUGCUUCUUCUUCUUCAUCUUCUUCUUCUCCUCAUCAUCAGGUGUUUUUGCCCACACUUCCAGAGAAACCAACAACAGCCACUUCUUCUUUAGCUGCAUACAUAAUACCAUCAGAACCAGUACUAUUUGUUCAAGGAUUUGAACCUCACGACUAUGAAUCUCGUCCACCAACGUUACUAAGAGGAUCACUUUACAUACGAGUGUUCAAACCAACAAAAAUCAAAUCAAUCACACUAAGUUUCAAAGGAGUACAACGAACUGACUGGCCAGAAGGCAUACCUCCGAAAAAGAAUGUUUAUAAUGAAAAUAAUGACAUUGUAACCCAUACGUGGCCAUUUUUCCAAGCGUCAACAACAUCUGCACCUAUCCCUAACAAUGGCGCUGACAUUUUCAUUGAAAAGAAUGGAGAAACACGGCAUCAAAGUUCGUCAUCACCUGCAGAUGAUGUGAGAGCGUCGAGGUCAAAUACACCUCCACCUAUUGCACAGCAACAACUACUGCAUAGAUCAUCGACCGGUGGCUCUUCAAUUGCGUCAUCUGCCCAUCAUCAUAAUGACAAUUUCUUUACGAGAAACUUGUCGCCUAGCUUUAUGAGAAGAUCCAAAUCACCAGCUCCCAAUAGUGACACAUCUGCUCCAUUCUCCGAUUUGACUUCUAUUGUUUCUCCUUCCACCAAUGAUGCAAAUUCAAGCAUGCAAUUUGUCCCUGGAGACUACUUGUACAAUUUCGAACAUCCAUUACCACCUUCAAUUCCGGAGUCUUGUAAUGUUACAUUUGGAGCUACUAGUUACCAUUUGGAAGUAUCUAUACAAAGACCAGGUGCUUUCAAAUCCAACAUGUCGGGUAGGUUACCCAUCACCAUUGUUCGUACACCUUCUGAACUCAAUAUGGAGGAAAACGAAUCCAUUGUCAUAUCUCGAGAUUGGGAGGAUCAAAUCAAGUAUGAUAUUGUCAUUGGAGCUAAAUCAGUGGUGCUUGACUCGUAUUUACCCCUAGCAUUCAGAUUCGUUCCAUUGUUUGGUAAAGUUGCCCUACAUCGUAUUCGAAUUUACUUGACAGAAAACUUGGAGUAUUAUUGUUGUAACAAGAAAGUACAUCGAAUGGAACCAGUUAAAAAGUUUCUAUUAUUGGAGCACAAGGCAAGAAAGGGGAGAUCAUUGUUGCAAAAGAACCCGCAAGAUGAAUCGACCGUGGGGUUGGAUGAAUAUGAUGAAGACAUUUUACCUAAGGAGUUGGAGUUUCAACUAUUUGUCCCCAGUACUGUGAUUGGGCGUCUGAAUUCCCAAAUUCAUCCCGAUACCUCAUAUGAAAAUAUUCAAGCUCAUCAUUGGAUCAAAAUAUGUCUUAGAAUAAGUAAGAUGGACCCUGAAAAUCCUGGCAAGAGGAAACAUUACGAAAUUUCAAUUGAUUCACCUAUACAUGUCUUGUCACCAUUAGCUGCUCACAGCAACACUUUGCUUCCUGCAUAUGAUGACUUGAUUGGUACUCAGCAAGAACAACCACAAUCACAAUCACAAUCACAAUCACAAGCUGGCGAAUCAGAAAGAUCCCCAUCGCAAAACCCAUUAUCGCCUGAUGUGAUACCCGUUGAUGGUAAUAUUACUAGACCAAUUGAGUUUCAUCACAUUUCGACCGAUAUGGAUGUGGGUGCCACUGAACGUGAUGCCGAUAUGCACUUGGAGGCAAAUUUGUACAAACCCAAAGAUGAGCUGACUAUAACCACCAUCAACUCACCACAAGCAAAGCCACAUCCCGACACGUUCUCCUCACCGUUGGCAUCGCCAAUUCAACGACCAAUACAUUUGAUUAGAAAACCAUCAACGGCGCCACCCCCUUUUGAAGAGAGCGCAAAACUGCCACCAGUGAUGUCGCUACAUCCUCCUGCAUAUGGAGACGUGGCACAUCGCCGCAACGAAAGUGUCAGCGGGAAUGGUGAUGGCGAUCACAGUGUUGGACGUGAACGUAGUGCCGAAGGGUCAUUGAGUUUGAGUCCAUUGCGAAUUGAUGAUGAAGUUGGACAAAAUUAUGUCAACCCAUUGUCCGCGACAGCUAGUAGUACCAGUAGUGGUGGUGUGACUGUGGAGAAUUCCACUGGGUUACAGGUUAAUACGGUGACACCCGUGAGAGACUUGUUGAUACAGCAAUUACAAGGAAAUUACGGUGGAGGUAAAGCUGGUGGGUCCGCUUCUCAUGAACCAUCCCCGACUGAGACGCUAGGACAGCUCGUGACAAAGGCUGAUGUUGUCGAGCCUAGAGGGAAAUCUUCAGUGCCACAUAUAUCAAUAAAUGGUGAAGAAAUGAACUCUGAUGAAAAAGUGACGAGGGCAAGUAGUGCUAAUCAAGAAAGUCACCAAUCAAACACUGGCUCCAAUUCUACCAAUAGGAGUCAACGCUCUCUUGAUGAGGCAGCAGCAGCAGCUGUGGUUGAUGACAACGACGAAGGUGACUUAGCUGACGAUGCACACUCACCCAUUUCGCCGAGAUUGGCACCAAUUUCAUUUGCUCACAGGAGGAGUAAUAGUCGAGGUGCUGAAGAUUCUAAAGCGAUUGACAAUGACUUGCCUUCUACGUCGGCCAGUAAACAACAUGAAAUUAACCAAAGUGUGCCUCCACUGCCACUACAUCAUCCUCAUCUGCAUCCACAUGUACCACGUGAUGACACGAGGUCUUCUCGAUCAUCAUCGAUUUCCACCACCAACUCAUUUGAGUUACCCAUUGAUCAAACGUUGCCAUUGCUCAAUAUGUCAACUAGCUCCAUCCAGCCAUCACCCAGUAGAAUUACGCCCAUUGGCAGUUCAAUCUCCACCAAUAAUAAUGAGGCGGCGACUGCCAGUGCAAUCCCCAAUUUCGAUUCAGAUCAGCUGGAAAAUCCAUAUCUUUACAAUGACCGAAACCUUUCUAUAUCGUCUUCAAUUUACGAUUUAUCGUACCGUCGUGCGAGCCAGCAACCAUUAACUGGUAUGAAACCCAUGGGAUUCAUUAGUGAUUAUAUCUCGGCUAAUGAUGAUGAUUUUUAUAAAUUGAAUAGUCUUCAUCAUUUGAGAAAUCCUAGGAUCAAAAAACAUUAUCAAGAUGGAGCACAAAAUGAAGUUGGUGGUGAUGUCAAUGUUACAGGUGUAUCUCAACACCACAACUCCACCGCUGGAGCAUCACAUAACGAAGAUGCCACUUAUAAAUCGAGGCAAAAGAGUUUUGGUGUUGUUGGGACCACCACUGGCAAUUUCAAUGACGAUGACUAUGAAGUUGUGGAAGGAGAAGGAGAAGGAGAAGGAGAGGGAGAAGGAGAGGGAGAGGGAGAAGAAGAUCAGUCGGGGUCGAGUUUGAGUUCAAAUGAAGUAUAUCGUCAAGGACAAGAUCAAAGACGCUUGAGUUCCAAGGACCGUGGUGGUAGUGUAGGUGGAGAAGGCGAUCAGGUUACAAAGUUGCAUGAUGUGCAGGAGAUUCCUUCGGGGUUGAAGGUGGGGUAUGUGAUUGAUAGUUGA